AACAUCAAAAUACCAAACCCUCUCUCUCUCUCUCUCCACUUUCUUUCUUCUCUCCCUUAAGUUGCCUCCAUAAGUCGACAUUUUCGUCUUCUUCUUCUUCUCCUUCUUCUUCUUCCGCAUGCCUAGGGUUUCUUCGGUCUCCAUUGUCGCUCUGAGAUCGUUCGCAUCUCUCUAAUGUCGCGGGGGAACCGGAGAGAGUUAGUGAGCUUUCGUGACCUUUGGAUGUUCGGCGUAAAUAUGGUGAACUGCUUGUGCGAUUUUCGUGUUCCGAAGUAGGUUCGGUUUCGGCUUAGAAUCGGCAACGUAUUUUGGUCGGGAGCAACACGUGAUGCCUAUGAACUUCGGGGUGUGAUUUUCGGCUUUUGGAGGAGGUUCGCCGGUUUUGUUUCUUCAGCUUGUGAAAUUCCUUUCUGCCGGUUCUAGAGGGAUUCUGUUGGUUCCUGGAAGGUUGAAAGAGGAAUUUCAGUGUUUUAGUUCAGAAAGGACAAAAAAUAUUUCGGCCUAGUAAAUGAAGGUCUGGACCUUUGGGAAUUAAUGGAGCUUCUCUAGACAGUGUUUCUGCUAAUAGGGACGGAGGUUUCGUAAAAUACAUAAUUUUUGUUUGUCAGUAUAUUGCAUAACUUUUUAUUGUGCGAUUUGGCUUUACCUUCGUAAGUCGUAAGAAUAGGCCUCAAAAAGCAAAAGACCCCGGAAUCUUCUUGUUCAAUCAAAGUCAUCCGUUUUGAUCUUCUGAUAUCUCGAGGCUGCUCACGGAUUCUACAUCCCUAGGACUACCCUUUUCACUCUCUGGUUUUUCAAUUGUGGUGGUUUGAGUUUGAGUGCCGGAAAUGGCGAUGGCAGUGGCGCAGCAGCACAGAGAGAGUAGCACUGGGAGUAUCAACAAGCAUCUCGAUGCCGGAAAAUAUGUACGGUACACUACCGAGCAGGUCGAAGCUCUCGAACGUGUUUACGCGGAGUGUCCCAAACCCAGCUCGCUGCGGCGGCAGCAAUUGAUCCGCGAGUGUCCCAUUUUAUCUAACAUCGAACCCAAGCAGAUCAAAGUAUGGUUUCAGAAUCGCAGGUGUCGAGAGAAGCAACGAAAAGAGGCUUCCCGGCUUCAGGCCGUGAACAGGAAAUUGACUGCCAUGAACAAGCUUUUGAUGGAGGAGAAUGAUCGGUUGCAGAAACAGGUCUCGCAGUUGGUAUGCGAGAAUGGCUAUAUGCGGCAACAAUUGCAAAGUGCAUCAGCAGCUGCUACUGAUGCGAGCUGUGAGUCUGUGGUAACCACUCCUCAACAUUCCCUGAGAGAUGCUAAUAACCCCGCUGGACUCCUUUCAAUUGCAGAGGAGACAUUGACAGAGUUCCUUUCAAAGGCUACGGGAACUGCUGUCGAUUGGGUCCCGAUGCCUGGGAUGAAGCCUGGUCCGGAUUCGGUUGGGAUCUUUGCCAUUUCACAUCGAUGCAGUGGAGUGGCAGCUCGUGCCUGCGGUCUAGUAAGUUUGGAACCUACAAAGAUUGCUGAGAUCCUUAAAGAUCGUCCAUCUUGGUUCCGUGAAUGUCGGAGCCUUGAAGUUUUUACAAUGUUUCCUGCUGGAAAUGGAGGAACAAUUGAAUUGGUGUACACGCAGAUGUAUGCUCCAACAACUCUGGCUCCUGCACGGGAUUUCUGGACUCUACGAUACACUACAACUCUAGAAAAUGGCAGUCUUGUGGUGUGUGAGAGAUCUUUGUCAGGUUCUGGUGCUGGUCCAAAUCCAGCUGCUGCUUCUCAGUUUGUGAGAGCUGAAAUGCUUCCAAGUGGCUAUUUGAUUCGGCCAUGUGAGGGUGGAGGGUCAAUUAUCCAUGUAGUUGAUCAUCUGAAUCUCGAGGCCUGGAGUGUGCCAGAGGUGCUGCGGCCCCUUUAUGAAUCAUCAAAAGUUGUUGCUCAGAAAAUGACUAUUGCGGCUUUGCGCUAUAUAAGGCAAAUAGCUCAAGAGACAAGUGGGGAGGUUGUGUAUGGCCUGGGCAGACAACCAGCUGUUCUGCGAACUUUCAGCCAAAGAUUGAGCAGAGGCUUUAAUGACGCCGUCAAUGGAUUUAAUGAUGAUGGCUGGUCAAUAAUGAACUGCGAUGGUGGGGAAGAUGUCAUAGUUUCAUUUAAUUCAACCAAAGGUUUGGGUUUCACUUCCACCCAUUCAAACUCCUUUCCACCAACUGGAGGCAUUCUCUGUGCAAAGGCAUCCAUGCUACUGCAAAACGUUCCUCCUGCAGUGCUGGUUCGCUUUCUUAGGGAACAUCGCUCUGAGUGGGCCGACUUCAAUGUUGAUGCAUAUUCUGCUGCGGCACUGAAAGCUAGCUCAUUUGCAUAUCCAGGCGUGAGGCCCACAAGGUUUACUGGCGGCCAAAUCAUAAUGCCACUUGGCCACACAAUUGAACAUGAAGAGAUGCUAGAAGUAAUCCGGCUUGAAGGCCAUUCUCUUGCUCAAGAAGAUGCUUUUAUGUCAAGGGACAUCCAUCUCCUGCAGAUAUGCAGUGGAAUUGAUGAGAAUGCUGUGGGAACCUGCUCUGAACUUGUUUUUGCUCCAAUUGAUGAAAUGUUUCCUGAUGAUGCCCCACUGUUACCUUCUGGCUUUCGCAUUAUCCCAUUGGAUUCAAAAUCAGGUGAUUCACAGGAUAAUUUGAUUGCUCAUCGGACCCUGGAUCUGACAUCCAGUCUUGAAGUGGGGGCAGCAGCAAACCAUGGUUCUGGUGAUUCAUCCUCAUCUUAUAAUGCACGAUCUGUGUUAACUAUUGCUUUUCAGUUCCCGUUUGAGAACAGUCUACAGGACAAUAUUGCUGCAAUGGCUCGCCAAUAUGUCCGAAGUGUGAUUUCCUCCGUGCAGCGAGUUGCAAUGGCAAUAUCUCCUUCGGGGUUGAGCCCUGCCAUGGGUCCAAAACUGUCAGCAGGCUCUCCAGAAGCUCUUACAUUGGCUAACUGGAUCUGCCAGAGCUAUAGUUUUCAUUUGGGGACAGAAUUGCUGAGAUCCGAUGCUGUGGGUGGUGACUCAGUGUUGAAGAAUCUCUGGCAUCAUCCAGAUGCAAUACUGUGCUGCUCCGUGAAGUCGCUGCCGGUCUUUAUCUUUGCAAACCAGGCCGGGCUUGACAUGCUAGAAACUACUUUGGUAGCUUUACAAGACAUUACAUUGGACAAGAUAUUCGAUGAAUCUGGCAGGAAAAUGCUGUUUUCUGACUUUGCCAAGAUAAUGCAGCAGGGGUUUGCAUGCUUGCCAGCCGGAAUCUGCUUGUCGACAAUGGGGCGCCAUGUCACAUUUGAACAAGCCAUCGCGUGGAAAGUCAUUGCUGCCGAAGAGAAUUCUGUCCAUUGCCUUGCCUUCUCUUUUGUUAACUGGUCAUUUGUGUGAAUCUUAUUAUUUAUUCAUCAGCCACCUUCCUCUUCUCGGAGGGGAUGAGAGGAAAAAAAAAAAAAAAAGGAAAGAAUAUUUUUGUAGUGUAUAAAUCACAGCAGGAGAUUUGUGUCUUGGUAAUUUAAUUAAUUAAAUAUGCCCAUGUUUUGGUUGGUUAAAGCAAA